AUGACAGAAGCCAACUUACCUGGAGAACACAGGAAACUAAAAAAGAAAAAUUACAUGGCAUACAAAGACCCUAAGCAGCCAAUCGAGACUCGUAUAACUGACCUUAUGGAUAGAAUGACACUAGAAGAGAAGGUGGCUCAGAUGGCGCAGCUGGACCGUAGUAGUAUCACCGAGGAGCUCAUGAAGAAAGACAACAUAGGCAGUGUACUGAAUGGUGGAGAGAAUUUGCCAAGAGUUGGAGUUACUGCGACUCAAGACAUCGAGAUGAUCAACAAGUUUCAGAAUUGGUCACUUCAAAGCCGGCUUGGAAUCCCUAUUAUGUAUGGGAUUGAUGCCAUUCAUGGUCACAAUAAUGUCUACAAGGCCACAUUGUUCCCACAUAAUGUUGGACUUGGAGUUACCAGGGAUCCAGAUCUUAUGAAGAGGAUAGGUGCCGCAACUGCUCUUGAAGUUAAAGCUACCGGCAUUCAUUAUGCAUUUUCACCCUGUGUUGCGGUCUGCAGAGAUCCAAGAUGGGGUAGGUGUUAUGAAAGUUUUAGCGAGGAUCCCACUACUGUCAGAAAAAUGACUGAAAUAGUAGCCGGAUUGCAAGGCGAAGUCCCAGAUUCACAGAAGGGCAAUCCUUACAUUGGUGGAAAGGAUAAGGUAGCUGGCUGUGCAAAGCACUAUGUGGGAGAUGGUGGCACCAUCAAGGGAAUAAAUGAGAACAACACUGCCAUUGAUUGGAAAGACCUGUUGAAGAUCCACAUGCCUGGUUACUUCGACUCUAUUGACAAAGGUGUGUGCAGUAUCAUGGUUUCAUACUCUAGCUUGAAUGGCGUCAAGAUGCACGCUAACCAUGACCUUGUCACCAAUUAUCUCAAGAACUCCUUGAAGUUCAAGGGUUUUGUCAUCUCCGACUGGCAGGGUCUUGACAAAAUUACCUAUCCAUUCCAUUCGAAUUACACAUACUCGGUUCUUGCUAGUGUUUCAGCUGGUGUUGACAUGUUUAUGCUUCCCUUCAACUAUACAGAGUAUCAUGAUAUUGUACUCGACCUUCACUCGAAACAGCUAAUUCCCGACAGUCGCAUUGAUGAUGCAGUGAGUAGAAUACUGAGGGUCAAGUUCCUAAUGGGUCUGUUCGAGAACCCCAUGGCUGAUUAUAACUAUGUUGACCAGCUUGGAUGCCAGGCUCAUCGAGAUCUGGCAAGGGAGGCAGUAAGGAAGUCGCUUGUUCUUUUGAAGAACGGGAAACAACCAAACAAACCAUUCCUACCACUCCCUAAGAAGGCCAAUAGGAUCCUUGUUGCUGGAACUCAUGCAAACAACCUGGGAUAUCAAUGUGGUGGUUGGAGUAUCACUUGGCAAGGAGUCAGUGGCAAUAACAACACUGUCGGAACCACCAUUCUUGGUGGCAUCAUAUCUGCAGUUUAUGCGACAACAGAAGUUGUCCACAGCUUAAAUCCGGAUCCAAAUUUCGUCAAGUCAAGCAACUUCGACUAUGCCAUUGUUGCUGUUGGUGAACCUCCUUACGCAGAGUCGAGAGGGGAUAAUUCGAAUUUGACCAUUCCAGAACCAGGUCCAAGCAUCAUCACCAAUAUCUGCAACCAAGUCAAGUGUGUUGUUAUUCUUGUCUCUGGCCGUCCUCUUGUGAUUGAGCCCUACCUUCCAAUGAUGGAAGCUCUUGUGGCUGCAUGGCUACCUGGAACUGAAGGCCAAGGAGUUGCUGAUGUUCUUUUUGGGGAUCAUGGAUUCACUGGAAAGCUUGCUAGGACUUGGUUCAAGAGAGUAGACCAGCUCCCUAUGAAUAUUGGUGACAAAAAUUAUGAUCCUCUCUUCCCCUUUGGCUUUGGAAUUACAACUCAACCACAUAUGAGGUAA